GUGUCGUGGAGGAACAGACGGUCGUGAAGCUUGAUGUGCCCCUUGGACCUCUUAGGUUCGUUGCUUCUCUCACGCGCCGAGUCUCUUGUCACCUGCCGCCCAUAGGACGACGAGGUGUUAUCUCCUUCCCCUCUGGCAUAGGGAGUCGCCGAAGGCGGGAGUGUUUGUCUUCUCCUUCCUGAUUCGCGCGACCUGUCAGGAUGGGUUUCCUAAAGUCAUAUUUCACUCCCGGCCGGACGAAGGGAGAUGGAGAGCUGCCCGGUAGAGAAGAGAAAGGGACAGAACGCGCCGUCGAGGCGGGACCGAAUAGCCUAAGACUCGGAGCUCGUUUACCACCUCCCGUUGCCGGUCCGGCCCCGGGACUAUCGACGCCAGGCAUAUCGAUACCGAUGAGUCCGUAUCUAUCGCAUCUGGAUGGGUUACGGUCAGACGGGUCGCACACAAGUUCCUCGCGGUUAGACGUUUCACGGCCAGGAUCGAUUUAUCCCAACUCGGUAUACCCCUCGGGCGAUUUUCGAAAUGCCCGAGAAAGCAUCCUAGAUGUGAGGGCGGACGUCGUGUGCAGCUGGUUAUACCAGAUGCAGCUGGAGAGACAGUAUUCGACGGGUAUGAUUCCCGGCGAAGGGGUGGUAUUGAAGAAAGGGAGGAACAACUAUACGUGUUAUCCGCCACAGCUUCGCGACAUAUCCGGCGGUCUCCUUGACAUGUCGAUGGAACUGAACGUUCGCUGCUCUAUGACGGUGAAUACGAGAGUAAUCAACGUCAUUCUCGCCUCGAAACGAUCAGAUCGUAACUAUAUCCCGCUUUCCGACGGCCUGCGUUUGCAGGUACUGUCCAGCCUUAGCGAGCUACCUCAGUGCCAGAAACAUCACUUUGCCGCGUUUAUACAGGAUCUCCAGAUCCUGGUUGUCUGGGACGACGACCCGAAGAAGCUUCUAGCGAGGGUUGACGCUUUGGAGAGACAACUCAUGCAAAUGAUAUGGGGCAACGGAGACGACGACGAUGAAGACGACGAGGAAGAGAAAGGCGAGAAAGGCAAGAAAGCUACUGGCGUCGAAGUGGACGUGGCGGCCGUCGAUUUAGAGGCGGCGGACGAGACGGAAAAACGGACGAUAAAAGUCAGCAGCUCGAUCAUGGUAGCACUAACGCUGGCCCUUUGCAUAUCCUGCAUGGGACUGGGCCUACGAUCCUUGGCGUUCGAAGUCGAAACGGACAAUUCAUAUACUCGACUAGCACUCGCCGCCGUCAUCCCGUUCCAAAUGUGGGUUGCCAUGUUCUUUUUUCAAACGAUCAUAGUCAACCUCUUCCAAACGUUUGGCCCCAUAUCUGCUGUCGACAACAAUUCGAGGUUCUACUCCGGGAAGCCCCCCAAGCGCUUAAACCGGGAGGCUCAGCGACUUCCUCAUGUUACAAUCCAGAUGCCUGUGUACAAGGAAGGCCUGAGGGCUGUUAUAGUGCCGACAGUCCGAUCUCUGAAGCAGUGCAUCUCGACGUACGAGUUGCAAGGUGGCUCUGCCAACAUCUUCGUAAACGACGACGGUCUGCAGCUGAUCUCGGAGGAGGAGGCUCAAGCCCGGCGGGACUUUUACGACGAGAACAACAUCGGUUGGGUCUCGAGGCCGAUGCACAACCCGAAGCCAAAGGAUGGAAGCCAGCCUUUUCUCCGACGCGGCAAGUUCAAGAAGGCAUCGAACAUGAACUACGCCCUGAUGGUAAGCAACCGCGUUGAAGACAAGCUGGUUCAGACCCCCAGGACUCCGGAGUGGACUCAAGCAGACGAGCACGCCGCCUACGAACAAUGCCUCGCCGAAGUCCUGCAGGAGGACCAGGGGCGUACCUGGGCUGGGGGAAAUAUUCGCAUCGGAGAUUAUAUACUUAUCAUCGACUCCGAUACCCGCGUGCCGGACGACUGUCUCCUGGAUGCUGUCAGCGAGAUGGAACAAUCGCCUCAGGUGGCCAUUUUGCAAUAUACUUCGGGCGUCAUGCGAGUGUCCAAGUCAUUCUUCGAGGCAGGCGUUACGUGGUUCACCAACCUCAUAUAUUCGGCCAUUACUUUCGUCGUAGCGCACGGCGACUCUUGCCCUUUCGUCGGCCACAACGCCAUCCUGCGAUGGUCCGCCAUCCAGGAUGCUGUAUCGUACGAAGACGAGGACGGCUACGAGAAAUUCUGGUCCGAGUCACACGUGUCAGAGGAUUUUGACAUGUCACUCCGACUUCAGUGUGCCGGCUACGACCUCAGAUUCGCGUCGUAUACUGGGGAAGGGUUCCAGGAGGGCGUCUCCCUGACGGUCUACGACGAGCUUGCGCGGUGGGAGAAGUACGCGUACGGUUGCAACGAGUUGAUGUUUCAUCCUCUGAAAUACUGGCUCACCCGCGGUCCCAUCACUCCGUUGUUCAGAAGGUUUCUGUGCUCGAAUAUCCACCUACCUAAGAAGCUCACCAUCUGUACUUACAUCGGUACUUAUUACGCCAUCGGCGCGUGCUGGGUCCUCACACUCCUAAAUUAUUUCCUCUCGGGUUGGUUUUUUGGGCUCUACGACAAAUUCUACAUCGAUUCGUUUGCCAUCUAUGUUUCGGUGAUUGUCGUCUUCACAGGCUUCGGCAACUUUGCCCUUGCCAUCCUGCGAUAUCGGCUAAACCAGCAAUCACUGCUCUCGGCCUUCUGGAGUAAUAUGAAGUGGAUCCCAUUGAUGUCCAUAUUCCUAGGUGGCCUCUCCUUACACGUGUCGCAGGCUCUCCUGAGCCAUUUCUUCGGUAUCGAUAUGACGUGGGGGGCGACAGCCAAGGAGGUAGAGGAGGUAAACUUCGUCGAGGAGAUCCCACGCCUACUCCGUCGGUUCAAGGGCACAUUUCUCUGGUGUGCCAUCAUGACGGCCCUCAUCAUCUGCGGUUGCUACGUCUUUCCUAUCCAGUGGAGGAUCGUGCACCUGGCGUCUAUCUGGCCGCUCGCGUGGAUAGUCGGCUGCCACUUCUUGUUGCCGGUUGCACUGAAUCCGGCGCUCAUGGUGUUCGCGUGGUAAUUUGGGUGGGGUGUUGCCAGCCUAUCGGCCCCUGAUUUGUAUGAGCGUUGAGGUACCAGCCUAUAGGCAUAUGUAUU